AACCCAUAUUCCACUCUUCAGACUCUCUUUUCAAGUAUUGAUACAUUGUAAAUGGAGUUACAGCAAUUCAAAGAUUUCUAAAAGGUUGAAGGGCUGAGAUUGGUCAAUCGGUACGACUUCUUUUAACGCGGCCCCGAUUUAGAAGAUGCCUAUGAAUUCAACAGUCCAAGAUAUGCGGCUGAUACGGCCCAUUUGGGAAGCCUAGAUCACUCCAACUACGACGCUAGAUGCUGUCAAAUUUAAGUACAAUUAUUUAUCAAGUCAAACACAUUAUCUCUCUUUCCAUACAUUUUUAUAAUUUUAUUCCAGUCUUCUUUCAUUAUCUGUAUUCAACCUCACCCUCAAGAUCCCCAAAAAUGAUCCACACCAGAAUACCCUUAUCGCUGCUGAUGCACCUCGCCAUCUUCAUUUUCUUCUUCCUACUGGAAAAAUCACUAUGCGUGGAUCCAUACUUCGAGACCUGCAGCCUAAGCAGAACCUGCGGUGGUUUAAAUAUAAGCUUCCCUUUUUAUAUUGAAGGCCUGCAAGACCCUAUCUGUGGCUACCUUGGGUUCAACGUUUCCUGCCUCCAUAACACUACAAUUCUCACCAUAUCCGAGAACCCUUACAUCAUCCACCAAAUUUUCUACCAAAACCAGACUCUUCGAGUCUCAAACGCCUUAGGAAAUGGCUGCCUUCCUUUGGGUCGCGACCUACUCCUUCCCAAUGAAGAAUUUGAGCUCGCUCAUCCUGAUGGCACCGACUUCUUCUUCUUUCUAUCCAAUUGUUCAGCUCCAUUGCCUGAUAAUCUAGUACGCUACAAGAUUAAUUGUUCUGGCGAUGAUGGAGCAAGUCCGGUUCUGGCAAUGUCUAAGGGAGAUUCAAACUGGGUUCUGGCGUCCGAGAAGUGCGGAAGAGAGGUAAAAGCGCCUUUUGAAGAGAAGGCAGAUGAUGGGAGUAAUGAAAUUGGGGAGGAAUUGGUGAGAAGAGGGUUCAUGCUGAAAUGGAGAGCAAGCGACUGUAGCGUGUGCGAGGAGAGUGGUGGCAAGUGUGGGUUUAAUAUCAGUGAUUACCAUUUCAAGUGUUUCUGCCCCGACCGUCCUCACGCUAAGCAUUGCGUAUCCAGAAAUGACAAGACACUGAAGCUAGCCCUAGGAUUAGGUAUUGUCGGAAGCAUUCCCUUCUUAAUAAUUUGUUUCUUUAUCAUCCGGCAGCGCCGUAAAGGGAAGUAUGCUUCAACUUUCCUCUCAAGGAACACUUCUUCAGAUCCCUCUUCACAACCAGGGUUGGAAACAGCGGGGGCGUAUUUUGGCAUCGCCAUAUUCCCCUACACUGAACUUGAAGAAGCCACUAAUUAUUUUGACCCUGACAGAGAAAUUGGAGAUGGAGGCUUUGGAAGUGUAUACCAUGGACAACUGCGAGAUGGGCGAGAGGUUGCUGUCAAGCGCCUAUACGAGAACAAUUACAGGCGGGUUGAACAGUUCAUGAAUGAAGUUCAAAUCCUCACUCGUUUACGCCACCGGAAUCUUGUCUCCCUUUACGGCUGCACCUCACGCCACAGCCGUGAACUCCUUCUGGUUUACGAAUUUAUUCCCAAUGGCACAGUCGCUGAUCAUCUCCACGGGGAUCGAGCAGAUUCAGGCUUACUCACAUGGCCUAUCCGAUUGAGUAUUGCCAUAGAAACUGCCACCGCAUUAUGUUAUCUCCAUGCUUCUGAUGUUGUACACCGGGACGUGAAAACUAGCAACAUUCUCCUAGACAAUAGUUUCUGUGUUAAAGUCGCAGAUUUCGGGCUUUCACGACUCUUCCCCACCGAUGUUACCCAUGUCUCAACCGCUCCACAAGGGACUCCCGGCUAUGUUGAUCCAGAAUAUCACCAAUGUUACCAGCUUACAGAUAAGAGCGAUGUUUACAGCUUUGGGGUUGUCCUUAUUGAACUCAUAUCAUCACUGCCUGCUGUAGACAUUAGUAGGCACAGGCAUGAGAUCAAUUUGUCUAACUACGCUAUAAACAAGAUACAAAAAUGCGCAUUUCACGAGCUGAUGGACCCGCAUCUUGGAUUUGAUUCAGAUCUUGCGGUUAAUAGGAUGACUACUCUGGUGGCAGAAUUGGCCUUUCGCUGUCUGCAACCUGAUAAGGAAAUGAGGCCUUCCAUGGAUGAAGUCUUGGAGAUUUUGAAGGAAAUUGAGAGUGACAAGCAUGAAUUGGAGAACAUGGACACAGCAGCGGACAGUGUUGGAUCCUCCAUGCGUAAGCCGCCAUCACCUUCACCAGAUUGUGAUGAAGUGGGGUUGUUGAAAAGUGCCCCGCUGAUGCCAUCACCAGAUACUGUGAUCGCUCGAUGGCCCAGUAUGUCUACUACACCAAGCGCCAGUGCUUAACGUUUCCCUUGUAUUUUGCUUAUUUUCCGAUGGAGAUGCUAACAAUAUGUGAAACAUGUAACCAGAUGUAAAUGAAUUAAAGGGUUAAUGUUCUUUCUCAUCUUCCUAUCUUUGUUUUGUUGUCCAUGUACCAGAGAUGAAUCUCAGAUUCAUUGUCUACUGGAUUUAAGGUCUGAGGGGAAUAUACCAAGUUAAAGAAGCUGCCAUUGCUAUGCCCAGUUUUGAUUUUGCUA